AUGGACAAGAACAGUGCCAACGGCGGUCCACCGAGCUAUGCAACCACAUCCGCUUCCACAUCGGCGCCCUCAGAGACAGUAGUGACUUUAUCGGCAGCUGCAGCGCCGCCCUUGGUGAUGCCAAACGUAGCUACAUCGUCGCUCGAUUCUAGCGCCGAUGUCGAGCCUCUGCGCAGCGGUGAGCAUCUUCCGCAUGGCGUGACGCCCAAAGAAGCAAAUGAUCCUGCCUCGGUAUACAGCCAAACCAAGGUUUCGCUUGAACUGCCCUUGAUCACAGCUAGCAAGCGCAUCGACGGACCCCCUCCUCAAUCUGCCCCUUUGCCUUCCUUCUUGUUGCACUGCACGCUGUUUGCCUCGUACGACAUCAAUACGCCUCACCCGGUCCCGUUCCGCCAGUCCGGUUGCCCAGCCACUCACUCUCGAGGCGAGACCUCGGCAACUUCCAAGACCAAGGUGACUCAAUCCGUCUCGAAAUUGCGCAAGCGCCUUGGUGUGCAAAUUCCUGUAUCCUAUCUGGGCAGCCCGGGGUUUAACCCGAGCUCGGCAACACCAUCAGCGCCGUACGAUGGAAUGUUUGCGUUUCUUGCUCAUCCGCAGCCAAGAAAUGGGGCAGACAUGAUCGCUCGCUCCGGCAACGUGGGCCGAUAUCGUCGAGUCAGUCUGUUCCAGGCGCAAGCCAGAGAGAUGACUGGUAUCGUGUCGAGGCCGUUGAUCGAGAGAGUGUUAUCUACCAUGUAUGCGGGACAAGGCAGCUACAACCACAUGGCCGCGUUCGGUGCCGAAGCCGUGCUGCGCUACUCGAACAGAGUUUCUUAUCCGGACGUUAGCGGUACUGCUGGUGACGAUACCGAGCCCAAGUCUGGCUGGCUGGCCAAGCUCAAAGCUAAAGCUAAAGCCCACAACAUUGGCACUGACAAAACCAGCGGCACGUCCGACUCGAACCGACUCGAGCAGGUCAAGUCGGCUGAAAGCAUGCGCGCUAUCUCUACGACGAGCGCCGGUCAGAGCUCUGAGGUGCGAACAGUGAAAACAGCCAUGGUGUUUGCUACCAUCGAUCUACUCGCACCUCCACCGCGACUGCUUGAAACAGGCGGACCUUACCCUGUCGAGAUGAACAAAGCUUCUGAUGCCGAUCUUGGCAUGUCGGCUCGCUUGAUCAGCGAGUUCGACCGUGGAUCGGACGAGGAGAGGUUUCACAAGUUCUUUUUCACCCCCUCGCAAGCGGAUGAUGAGCUGUGCGCCGGCAUGCUGCGUGCCCUCGAACGCAGAGGUGCCAUCUGGGUAGAAGCAGGAAGGCUCAUCACUCCCAGUUCCAGGAACCCGAAUCCGCGCGAGAGAGCAAGGUUCCUCGUCAAGGGCCUGUUCCCAGAACGCUUUGUCUAUCGAUGCAAAUACUACCGUGGACGCAAGUUUGAGCCGAUGCCCAACGAUCUCGCUGCCAAAGAAGUCAAGAAAUUCGGCGCUCCCCUCAUCGUCCACCUCGUUCCCGAGCGCACAGGAAACGAAGGCAUCGAUCUGAACGACUACCUUGGCUCUCAGCCGUCGACAGCAUCUGCGUCGACCGCCGCCGACGAACACGGAGCAGGCCUGGAUUGGGAAUGGGACGAAAACGAUGAUCUCACACUCAACCAUCCAUCUGCUGCUGCUUCUGCAGACCAAGCUGCACAAGCACGUGCGCCUCCCCCGGACUACGUUUCCACUCAGAGAGAGCUACUCAGCGGUUAUGGUAUUGAGUCUCAGGCAGCCAAUGCGCUGAUUGAUGCCGAACAGGACUUUUUCCAAGGAUGGAGCAUCGGUGUCACUGAAGAGCCGUUCAGGAACGGCGGCUACUUUGAGAAUAUGAGCACCGGAGGCGCGCUGUGGGCAGUUGCCGCGUUCUAG